CACGGGGCUCGCGGUACGCAAACCACCCAAACCGGCGGGUUUCCGCCCCAAAAAAAAAACCCCUCGCCCCUACGGCCAGUUGCUUUUUGAAGGCAUCUCUUGGACGUUGCCGUGAGUCUUCGGUGGAGCUCGCCAUGGCCAUCUACAAGGUGAAGGUGGCAACGGGCGACAUCCUCAAAGCCGGAACCAAAAACUCCAUCUCCAUCACCUUGGUGGGCAGCCGUGGCGAGAGCCACCAGACGACCAUCAAGUACUGGUUCCUGCCGGGGACGGAGAAGGAUCUGACCGUGCGCUGCGAGCAGGACCUGGGGCCCAUCGUCCUCAUCCGCCUUCACAAGUGGCGGCUCUUCUUGGAGGACGCCUGGUUCUGCAAGGACGUUCGCGUGACAGCCCCUGACGGCACCCUCUACCGCUUCCCUUGCUACCAGUGGCUGGAAGGGGUCAUCACGGUGGAAUUCCGGGAGGGUUCUGGGAAGAAGCUGGCGGACGAUGAGCUGGAGAUCCUCAGGGAGCAUCGGCGGCGGGAGCUGAAGGAGCGGCAGGAGGCUUACCAGUGGAAGACCUUCGCCGAGGGCUGGCCCCGUUGCCUCAACGUGGACUCGGUCCUCGAGCUGGACUCCAACGUUCGGUUCUCCUGCGUGAGGGCCACCAACUUCAACGGUCUUCUCGUCUUCCAAGCGACCUCCCACCUUCUGGCAGGGUUCCUGUUGAGAUCCACCUCCUGGAAAAGCCUGGAUGAGAUGCGCAGCAUCUUCUCCCGGACGAAGGGCAGGGAGAUCGUCCCCGAGUACGUGGCCGCGCACUGGCGAGAAGACGACUUCUUCGGCUACCAGUUCCUCAAUGGCAACAACCCCAUCGUCAUCCGGCAAUGCGCGGCACUGCCGGCCAAAUUCCCGGUGACGCCGCAGAUGGUGGCCGACUUUUUGGGUGGCGGCACCGACCUGGACAAGGAGAUGCGAGAAGGUCGGAUCUUCAUCGUGGACUACGACGUGUUGGACGACAUCCCGGCCGGCACCAUCCACGGACGCCAACAAUACAUCGCCGCCCCGCUCUGCUUGUUGCACCAGGGCGCCGACGGGCUCCUACGCCCCAUCGCCAUCCAGCUCAGCCAAACGCCGGGACCCACCAGCCCCGUUUUUUUGCCGAGCGACGCCGAGUGGGACUGGCUGUUGGCCAAGACUUGGGUGCGCAACGCCGACUUCUACAGCCACCAGCUCCUCACCCACCUCCUGAGGACCCACCUCUUCGGCGAGGUCUUCGCCGUCGCCACCCUACGCCAACUGCCGUCCUGUCACCCCAUCUUCAAGCUCCUCAUCCCCCACUUCCAUUUCACGUUGCACAUCAACACGUUGGCCCGCAGCGUCCUCAUCAACCCUGGCGGCAUCAUCGAUAAGUCCUCGGGUGCCACCUACGAGGGACUGCUGCUACUGGUCCGACGGGGCUUGGAGAAGGUGACCUACGCCUCCCUCUGCCUCCCCGAUGACAUCCGCCAACGCGGCAUGACCCAAAUUCCCAACUACCGCUACCGGGAUGACGGGAUGAUCCUUUGGGAAGCCAUCCGGUCGUUCGUCUCCGCCAUCGUGGAUUUUUACUACAAGGAGGACGCGGCGGUACGCGAGGACGCCGAGCUGCAGGCGUGGGCGAUGGAGAUCUUCGUCAACGGUUUCUUGAGCAGGACGUCUUCGGGUAUCCCGUCCUCGCUGCGGACGGUGGCGGAGCUCGGCAAGUUCCUCACCAUGGUGGUGUUCACCUGCUCGGUGCAGCACGCGGCCGUCAACAACGGGCAGUACGACCUGGGAGCCUUCGUCCCCAACGCUCCCUCCUCCAUGCGCCACCCGCCGCCAACGGCCAAGGGCAAGACCUUCCUCCAGCACUUCCUCGACACCCUCCCCGAGGUGGACACCACCGCCAACAUCCUGGUGGCCCUCAUCCUCCUCAGCUCCCGCCUCGAUGACACGAGGCUGCUGGGACAAUACCCGGAGGAGCGUUUCACCGAGGCGGAACCUCGCCGGAUCAUCCGGACCUUCCGGGGGGAGCUGGAGGAGAUCCGCGACCUCCUGGAGGAGAGGAACCACGUGGCCACGCUCAGAUACAACUACCUCAACCCGCUGGAGACCGAGAACAGCAUCUCCAUCUGAGUGGGGGGGGCGCUCCCCACUCCCAGCAUCGC